UCAUAAUAUAUAUACAAACAUUGUACCACAUUUUCUGGGCUUUUUCUGUCUGAUUAGGUAAGUAUUGUUGGACAAACUUUUGAGAGCGAAAUGAGGGUAUUUCCUGGAUUUGGUGGCUGGAUCAAUCAGAACACUCAGCAGCCUCCCAAGGCUGAGGCCAAAACAUCUGCGAAUGUUAAUACUAAUUCAGUGUCAGAGAAAGAUAGUAAUAAUCAAUUAUAUUAUGACAAAGAGGACAUGAAGAAGCAAUAUGAACUUUGGAGUGUUGGAGAGAAGAAGCAUCCAUGGUAUGAUGCCCCUCCUAAGGUGAAGGUGACGACAAAAAAGGGACUAUGCCAUAUGAACAUAGAAAUGACAUUGGGCUGGAUACCUGAUGGAGUCUUCGAACUUUUCACUAAUCCAAAUGACGGCCCACUCUUCUUUGAUAUGAACAAGCAUGGGCGUCAACUUCUGGAAUACAAAUCAAGAAAAGUUUUAAAGAAGGAUGGACCGAGGCAGAUCGUGAAGGUGCAGCAAGCUCUGGCAUGGGACUUCCUUUGGUGGUCGGGUUCUAUCCCGAUAGAAUUAAUUGUGGAUGAAAACCAAAAAAAAUUUACAGCAAAAUAUAAAAAAGAGAAAAUGAUUUUCAUGAAAGUAUUCGAAGGUAGCUAUAAAGUGGAGCCACUAUAUGCUGAUUCAGUACGCUUGUGCAAGCAAAAGGAGCCGAAGAGUCUACAAGAAUACAAAACUUGUAGUGGCGAACGAGGAAGGAUAGCAUCGAAAGUAACAAUGGACCAAUACUUUCAGCCAUAUCCUCCUUUUAAUUUGCCGCCAUUUUCUUGGUUUAUUCGUGAUAUUACAAUCAAGACCACCACAACUCUGCUCAAAAUGCUUCAACAUGCGAGUGUCGUGUUACGAGAGUGACUCUAGAUAAUAAUGUUAUAAAGACUUUCAAGCAACAAACAUGAAAAUUUAAACACUAACUUAAAUACGCAUGCAUAUCGGCAUUUGUGUGUUUCAAAUUUAAUAUAUUCUUACAAUCCUUAACUUUAAAAAAAAAAAUGCGCGUUUACUUUAGGACGUGAUCAGUGAUACUUUAGGCCUAUA